GAUCGUGUCGUACAGGGUAAUGUGGCUUUUUGGAUUACAUUUUGCUUUAUUCUUACUAUUGCUAUUGCUAUUGCUGUUACUAUUGCUAUUGCUGUUAUUAUUGCUAUUGCUGUUAUUAUUGCUAUUGCUGUUACUAUUACCCUUACUCUUACUAUUAGUCUCAUACUCUCAUACUCUCAAACUCUCAUACUCUCAUACUCUCGUAACCUUACCAACCUCAACUAUAUUAUCACCUCCUCAAUCUCAUCAUACAAUAAUACAAUGUUCUCUUCUGGGCACGGAGUUGGCCCACAGAAUGAUUUCGUCCCUCCAGUUGGCGUUUGA